AUGUCGCUGUACGCGCUCAGCUGCAGCCCUGGGCGCGACGGGAGCCACGAAGAAGAGGACAGGAAGGUAAGGAGGAGAGAAAAGAACCGUGUGGCUGCCCAGAGGAGUCGGAAGAAGCAAACUCAGAAAGCGGAUAAACUUCAUGAGGAAUAUGAAUCUCUUGAGCAAGAAAAUACCUCCCUGAAGAGAGAAAUUGGAAAACUAACAGAUGAAAUGAAACACUUGAGUGAAGUGUUGAAGGAUCAUGAAAAGAUCUGUCCACUAUUGCAUUGCUCCAUGAACUUUGUGACCGUACCAAGGCCUGAUGCACUCACUAGCUGCCUGCCAAGAUGAGAGGUCUCCUUGAUCAUGUUGCAGUGAAGGCAAAGGCACCCAUCAAUAGGGGAAAUUUGAAGAACUGUCUACCUACAGUGUGGGUCUUUCCUUAAAGAGGACUGGACUUGACACACAGGUCUUCUCCAUGUCUAAAUUCUAUAGUAUUCUGAAUCUCAGGAAAACACCAGUAGGGA